ACUUUGUACACAGACACACCUUUCUGCAUAAAUACCCGAGUUCGAGUUGAGUUCGACAAAACAACUUUCAUUCUCUUGCUUGGGCGUGCGCCUGGUUAAUAUUAGAGCUUGGUGCAGUAUAUCGAACAGUAGAUCUACCUGGGACCAUACCACAGUGACACAAAAGGUAAACUUUUAGAAUGGGUGAGGUCUUAUUAUUCUAAAUUCUAUGCAUAGUACAGUCUAGUCUAGUCAAGUCAAUAUGGGGAACUGCACUUCUGGAGAGCAAACAGAACAUCAGCCAGGUGGUACGUCUUCUGACAGUUGCAUAAGGGACAGUGAUGUCGAUGAUGGUCCAGAUGGAUGCCAUGUUCCCUCAAGUUCAACCGACAAUCCUACUAACAUGCAGCUGACGAGUCCUUUUAUAAAGGAUGGCCAUGGUACGGAAGACAAGCCGAUAAAAUUCUCGGAGAUUGAAGAUAUGCUUUCGACAGGUGAUCUCGCUGUGUUGUAUCGAGGAGAAAACAGAAUUCCACAUUUUGCAGUGUUUGUCAGGCACAGUAGUUGCAACUCAUCCAAUUUCCCUCUCCUAUUGUUGAAGGGUAAAACGAAACCGCUUUCUUUCGAAAAGUUCAACCCACAUGUCUCUAGGGACGCACAUACCGUAUCGGCCACCACACGAAUAUUCUAUGGGGACUAUCGCAAAGCAGCAGUGCACCGAUUAAACACGACCAAAAAGUUCGACUGUCAGGAAAUAAUGGAAAUGAUCAAAGAUCUCGCUACUAUUUCCUUCUCAGAGAAAGAAAUUGUAGCAGUGGAAGAAGCCUCUACACCAGAAGAACGCAGUGCUAUUUUGUGCACAUUUAUGGUUGCACAUUUUUAUAAGCACAUAGGCGAGCUUGAAGAGGACCUUCAUUCAGUCACCCCAAAUAACCUCAUUUGCAAGCUCCCACUGUCUGAACCGGCUUACAUUAAGCUACCUAAAGUAAAGAAAGGACCAAUUGCAUCUGGAGAUCCCCCGUUUCUUACAAAGAUUGUUAAUGGAAUCAUGCCACCUCCAGAAAUUACCACAGUACCUUUCAACAGCAUUGCUAAUCAGCUACAAACUGGCGAUCUUGUUUUGUUCUCAGGAGCUACCAGCUCAGGAGCACUCAUCAAGCUCUUUGACCACUCUCAAUUCUCUCAUGUCGGUUUGGUUCUGAAGUUUGAGUAUGUGUCUAAGCUGUUACUAUGGGAAGCAAGCACAAACAAAGCAGGACUCGUGGACAUCAGCUCUGGUAAAGUACGACAAGGUGUGGAAUUGCUCCCACUCACUCGAAAGAUAUUCUCUGGCUGGUAUGACAGAGUUGCCAUUCGCAGACUGACUGGAAUUGAUAGUGAGAAACGAGCUCAAAUGUACGAAGAGCUCCUAGCUUUCCGAAAAGAAGUUCAAGGAAGACCGUACGAGCAAGAUACUAUUGAACUGAUACUAUCUUCAAUUGAUGUCCAAGAUAAAUACAUGAGUUUCCUUCGAAACACAGAGGAAGAUUUGUCCAGUCUGUUUUGUUCUGAACUUGUUGCCGAGGCUUACAAGCGCAUGGGUUUGCUAGGCAGUGGCAAACUCUCUAACACAUACACUCCUGAUGAUUUUACCAGUGAUAACGAUUUAAAACUGAACUUUGGAACACUUGAACCAGAAACUUACAUCGAAUUAAAGUUUGACUUUAAGAUCGGAUUUGAACGUCAAUCUAGUGUAUGGUGACUCUUAACUCCUAUAUAAUUAUACAUAAAUUUUAAUACUUUUUAUACAUAUAUAGUAUCAAGACUCAAGAGUUCAUUAUUAUAAUUUUUAUGUAUAGUUACUUUUUAUACACCAUCGGCUUUGUAGUGCAAUAUUCCUCAUGUAUAACUGUGGAAGAUUUUAGUCGGGCAGUGGAUAUGUUGAA